GUACAUGUGAACAAGAAGAAAGUAAAGCAUAAGUGAGUCUAUCCAUUAUGAGCGACGUGAGUGUAUUAUAAACAAGAGUAAUUUGUACUAUUUCCUUAGUACUACAAAUAGAAAAUCUUUUGUUCAAUUAAGUCCUCCAAUUUACUACAUCUUCGUCCCAAAAAAACGAUGGCAAUCAGUAUUCCAGAGGCAACCAUAGGAUCAAGUGGCCAAAAAAUUCCAAUUCUAGGGUUUGGCACAGCUGAUUUUCCAUUUGGUUCAUCAUAUGAAGUAGUGAAAGAAUCGGUUAUUAAUGCAAUUGAAGCUGGCUAUAGACACUUCGACACAGCUGCCGCGUACCAGUCGGAGAAGCCUCUCGGUGACGCCAUUGCUGAAUCUUUGAAGCUCGGUUUAAUUCGAUCACGCGAUGAGUUAUUUAUCACCUCAAAGUUAUUUCCCAGCGACGCUUACCCCGGUCUUGUUAUUCCUGCACUGCAACAGACUCUUGAAAAUCUCGGAUUGGAGUAUCUGGAUUUAUAUCUGAUUCACUUUCCGGCGAGUUUGAAAGCAGGAUGUGGGUUCCCUUUUGAACCAGAAGAUAUAGUUGCAAUGGAUAUGGAAGCUGUUUGGAAGGACAUGGAAGAGGGUCAAAUUCUUGGCCUUACAAAAUCAAUCGGAGUUAGUAACUUUACGUGCAAGAAAAUUGAGAUGUUACUCUCCACCGCAAGAAUCCCGCCCGCCGUCAAUCAAGUGGAGAUAAAUCCUUUAUGGCAGCAGGAAAAAUUAAGAAAAUAUUGUGAGAAAAAGGGUAUUCACAUAACAGCUUAUUCUGUAUUAGGAGGUAGAGGAACCCCUUGGGGUGCCAACAAAGUGAUGGAAUCUGAGGUCCUCAAUCAGAUUGCCUCUGCUAGAGGCAAGACACUGCCCCAGGUUUGCCUGAGAUGGGUGUACGAGCAAGGUGUUAGUUUGGUCGUAAAAAGUUUUAAUAAGGAAAGAAUGAAAGAAAAUCUCAAAAUAUUUGAAUGGAAGCUGAAUGCAGAAGAUUUACAAAAGAUCGACCAAAUUCCACAACAAAGAAGCUGUCCAACAAAUCAUUUUGUCUCAGAAAAUGGUCCCUAUAAAUCCCUCUUGGAGCUAUGGGAUGGAGAGGUGUAACGCUUAUGAAAUGAAAAUUUUAUUGGAAAAUUAUGCGGUUGGUGUAGGCUUUUUCAAUAGUUCAUCGUGUAAUUUUAAAACAGCCUUCAAACAAUAGUUAAAAUGUCUACUUAUAAAUGCAUUCUUAUUGUGAUUUUAAGAUAA